AUGGCCAACAUACCCAGCUUUAUCGAUCGACUUUUGUCAGGUAGUCGUUUUUUGGCAAGAGCUGUGCGAGAAAAGUGCACCGCUUUCCAGUGAAUGACACAACGAAUCCGUCGCUGACGCACUGCAUCAAGGAGGCCGAGAUUGACGAAGUCAUUCAGAUGUGCACGCAGGUCAUUCUCGAUCAGGCGACGAUGGUCGAGGUGCAGUCGCCGAUCGCGGUACGCAAAAGCUAGGCGACAGACUGAAAAACCGGGACCAUUAUGACCUAGAAUAUAAACUUCCAGGUUUGCGGCGACAUCCACGGCCAGUACGUCGACCUGCUUCGGAUCUUCAACCGUUGCCGCUUCCCGCCGGACACCAACUACCUCUUCCUCGGCGACUACGUCGAUCGGGGACGGCAACAGAUCGAAGUGAUCUGCCUGCUGAUGGCCUACAAAAUCCGCUACAAGAACAGCUUUUUCAUUCUGCGCGGCAACCACGAGUGCGCGUCGAUCAACCGUACCUACGGAUUCUACGACGAGUGCAAACGGAGAUAUUCGCUCAGUUUGUACAAUGCGUUUCAGGUUUGACAAUUGUGAACAUUUGCGGAGACUGGGUUGUACAAUAGUUGUGAUUUAGGAUCUGUUCAACGCGCUCCCCCUGUGCGCCCUCAUCUCUGGCCGCAUAUUCUGUAUGCACGGCGGUCUGAGCCCGCAACUCGAGUCGUGGAAGCAGUUGGCGGCGAUCAAGCGCCCGUUCGACCCGCCAAACAAGUCGAUCGCGAUGGAUUUGCUGUGGGCGGACCCGGAGAACAAUAUGAACGGAUGGGCGAAGAAUACACGUGGAGUCUCGUACGUGUUCGGCGCCGACGUCGUCCGCGACUUUACCGACAAGAUGAACAUUGAUUUGAUCGCGCGCGGACACCAGGUCGUGCAGGAUGGCUACGAGUUUUUCGCCAACAAACGCUUGGUGACCAUCUUCUCGGCGCCCAAGUAUUGUGGCGAGUUUGACAACAAUGCGGGCGUGAUGAUUGUCGAUGAGAACCUCGUCAUCUCGUUUGAAAUUCUGAAGCCCGCGAUGCGAGAGGUGAAGGUCAAGGCUCGCGAAGCGGUACGGAACGCGUCGACGAGAAGCGUGCUUGUCAGCAGUCGAGGACCCAAGUCGAGGAUGGGAUGA